AUGUUUAAAGGCGGUCAGACAAAUCCCUACGACGAUGUCGUCGCCAAAACUACGGAUGAGAACAUGACGAGCGAGAAUUGGGAGCUAAUUCUCAAUCUAUGCGACAAGGUUCAGGACGAGGGAGAGACAGGGGCUCGAAAUGUGGUCGCGGCAGUACUAAAGCGUCUUGCGCAUCGCAAUCCGAAUGUUCAAUUGUAUACCUUUACGCUGGCCGAGUCACUUACUAAGAAUUGCGGUGUGGAAGUGCACAGGGAAAUUGCCUCCCGUGCCUUUACGCAAAGCAUCGAGAAGUUGGUCACCGAUCGGAACACACACGAGAAAGUGCGACGUCGUGCUUUAGCCUUGGUCGCCAUGUGGACUGUAGACUUCGAGAAGGACCCCACACUGGGCAUUAUGGAAGAAUGUUAUGAAUCGUUAAAGGCCAAAGGUUACAGAUUUGAGACUCCUGAUGAACCUCCGCCACCAGAGGUGGACGACGAAGUCCGACGACGAGAGGAGGAAGAGCUUCAACGUGCAUUAGAAAUGUCGAUGCACGAUAAGGGUGGAAGAUCUCAGUGGGAGCAGUAUUCGCUGGCUUCUUCGAGCGGCGCAGGCGGCUCAGGUGCUGCGUCUAGCUCUGCUACUCAACAGGCUGCGGCCGCAUCCGCUGCGAGUGCGCAGCGUCAACAGAGCAUUUCGCAGCCAACCUAUGGUGGAUAUGUCCCAUCAUCGAACCCCGCGGUUUCUGCCAAUCCGACGCCAUCUACCAUGAUCAGUGCAGCAAGUACAGUAUCGAGUACAACCUCCCCGUCACCAAGUGUAUCGACGCAGGAAACUAUCCCCGUCGUUACGCGAGUAAAAGCACUUCAUACAUUUGAACCCACAGAAGCUGGUGAGCUUGCCUUUGAGAAAGGCGAUAUUAUCAAGGUCGUCGAUCGCGGGUACAAGGAUUGGUGGCGAGGCCAAUUGAAGGGCAGAACGGGUAUUUUCCCUGUCAACUAUGUGGAACCAUUGCCCGAACCUACUGCGUCUGAAAUUGCGAAAGAAGCGGAGCAAGAGGCCACCGUAUUCAGUCAGGCUGCAAACGUGGAUCGGUUGUUGACUUUGCUCCGCGGAAUGGACCCUGCUAAAGACAAUCUUGCGGAUAACGAGGAGAUUCAGGAACUAUAUAGGAAUUGCAUGACACUUCGUCCCAAGAUUGUCAAGCUGAUCGAUAAAUACAGCCAGAAGCGGGCUGAUCUUGUGUCAAUGAAUGAGACAUUCGUCAAGGCAAGGACAAUCUUUGACCGAAUGAUGGAGGAAAGUCUUGCCAGGCACACUGCCAUGUACGACGGUCGCCCGCCCUAUGGCCAAGUUCCGUCUCAGUCAUAUAUUGCACGCCCAGACUCGAGGGCACGACAGGAGUAUGGAGUGCCAGGCAGGCCUCAGCAGUAUGGAUGGAAUCCCGCUGUGUAUGAUCAAGCGACUGCAGGUUAUAACGGAUACACAACUCCUCCAGCUGCUUAUCCUCCUGGCCCUGAAGGAGCAUAUCCAGGCACCGCUCAGCCGCAACCCUACGCUGAGUCGAAUCCGUAUGCACAGAGACCACAGUACGCUCAGCCAUCUGGUUACACCCUACCUGCAGGAGCCCCAGUUCCGUAUGGUGCCCAGCCAGAAGUCCAACCAUAUGUUGCACAAUCUACGCACCAGCCCCACCUCCAGCCUCAGUACCAGCCUCAGCCCCAGCCUCAGCCUCAGCCUCAACAGCAAUUUCCGGCUCAGGCUCAGACGCAGGUUCAGGUUCAGGCUCAACAGCAACAACCUCAGGCGAUGGCCCAUCAUCCAGAACCCCAACCUCAGCCCCAGCCUCAGGUUCAGUCACAACCUCAUGCGCAGCCUCAGCUACAACCACAACCUCAGUCACAACCUCAGCCCCAGCCCCAGCAGCAAACUCAAAUGAGCGGACCACCAUUUGUAUUUGAUCCCAAUGCGGCGUAUCCGGACCCAAAUGCACAGGCGUGGGCUCAGUACUACGCACAGGGCGGAACGGACCCCACUGGCUCGGUCUACUUCAUCUCGGUGCCCGGUAUAAAGGAAGGUCCACCGGAACCAGCGGCUCACAGCAACUCGCCAGAUCAGGCUCAGAGAAGCCCUCAACAAGGACCCCUUCAAGGUCAGAUGCAGACACAAGUUCAACCCCAGGCUGGGGGAUACCAGCCGCAGGGUGUUCAGGUUCAAGCCCAACCCUCGUCUUCUCCAUACCAGUCGUAUCCGGCGGCGGCGGCGCAAAUGCCACAGUUGUCAAAUCCUGACCUGAGUGUUCACCCGUUCCAGGACGGUAUGGGCUCUGCGUCCGCAUCGGAGGUGCAUCUCCCGCAGCAGAGUGCUCCAGCCCCGUCCAGCCCGACUGCAAGCGCGCAUUCGCACUCGCACUCGCAGCAGCAGCAGCAGCCUGGUUAUGGUCCGUCGCCGUAUGCUGCCCCGGGGUAUGCCGCCUCUGCCGGUGCUCCGCGGGGUACAUCGCCGCCCGCUGGCGCGGACCCAAGUGCGGCCACUCAACAGGGCGCAUGGCCGAUGCAGUACCACGAGAUCCAGACGCAAUUUGCGGGCAUGGAGCUCUCUGGGGAGGGCGCGCAAAGUGCGCAUGCAAGCUCGCAGGGUGUCGGCGCACCGGCUUGA